AUGCGCUCUCCAAUCAUCGGGGUCUUGUGGCUCUAUGGACUCCUUUUGGCGACUACUAUUUCUGGAGUCUGUGGAGAUACAGGACCGAAUUUCAUGAGCGUGCGAAAGAAUGUAACAAAAGAGUAUAAAAGUGUACGUGAGAUACCGACAGAGAAAUACUUUCGUAAGUGCAAUCUUUCCAUCGAUGUUGAUCUGCAACCCCACAGGCUGAUGAAUCAGAACCUAACCGCAAUGCUCAGCUUCAACGAUCAUUAUGACCGCCGGUACGCUCGUUCAUUCUUCACUCCCAACCUUGAUGUACUAACACUUCUCAGAUACGCCAAAUCCAGUCUCCCAGAUACGGAAGUCAUUUCAUAUCUCUCGGAUCUAAUUAAGACAUAUCUCACAACAAUGAAUGCAAUCGGCGCAGAGACAUGGAUCAUGCAUGGGAGUCUCUUGGCCUGGUGGUGGAACCAGAAGCUCUUUCCGUGGGAUGACGAUAUAGACAUGCAGAUCUCUGAAGCAACGAUCCAUUUCUUGGCAGACUACUAUAACAUGACUGAGCAUCAUUUUGACCUACCUAACGUCGACGGUGGUCGUACGUACCUGCUUGAGAUCAAUCCCAAUUAUGUUGUCAAAUCCGAGAGAGACACUUUGAAUAAGAUUGAUGCCCGCUGGAUUGAUAUGUCGUCCGGACUUUUCAUUGAUAUCACCGCUGUCCGCAAGGAUGAGAAUAGGCGGUUAAACGGCCGUCCAAGAGCGCUGGUGUGCAAGGAUAAGCAUGACUAUGACGAGAGCGACAUCUUCCCACUGCGUGAUAGUCUCUUCGAGGGUAUUCCGGUCAAAAUUCCAUACGCUUAUACAUUUCUUCUCGAAGAAGAAUAUGGCCUAAGGGCACUUACCCAGACAAGCUUUAAUGGCUACAUCUUUGAUGAACAGACCAAGAUUUGGGUCCGCGAUCCCAAAAUGCACACUUUCAAUUGA